UGGCUGCCUACAGUUACUAUGUUGCUAGUACUCUCCCAGUGCUAGUAACUUACCGGCAGAGAGGUUACCCUGCUGAUACAUGAGACCUGCAGACUGUACAUCAAUGUGCUGCAGGGUGUACUGGAGCUUCACAAGAAGACAGCAGUAGGUUGGCACCCCUGGCAGAGGAGCUGGCACCAUGAGGGGUACAGAGGAGAAACAGAGGAUGAUAGUGGAGGAGCUCCUGGACAAUGAUGAUGAAGCUGAGGUGGAGCAAUUGAAAAAGACCUUGAAAGCUCAACGCCAGAAAAGGAAGAAAGCGCUGAUCGAGAAUGUCAGAGAUGGAGAUGAAGCUGCGGAAGAUGCUGGAGCUGCUACACGAGGAAAGCGCAGUUUACCCCCAUUAAACGUCUCCAGCUCGGCCGAAUCUUCCAUGAGAGAACGACUGCGGGAAAAACUAAAAGCUGGAAGGUCUAAGGCAGAGAGUAUACUCCAGCAAGAGUCCCCGGUCGCCUCACCGCGAAGCCUUACUAGGUCUAGUGCAAGGUUUGAUGAAGAGCACGAUAUUAUCCCUCUUCAGAGAGUAAAGGAUGUAGAAGCUCAGCUGUCUUCUAGGGUACGACUCCGUGAUGCUGUAAAGACCGUUCAGAAAAAAUCCCAUGUCCCGGAUGGAUAUCCCACAGCUGAGGAAUCUUUCAACUUCUUUACCUUAAACUUUGAUCCUGAACCAGAAGCACAAGCUGGGCAAGAAGAAAAGAAAUCCGAAAAACCUCACAGAAAGGAGGACAACAGGGACCCUGCAUCAAGGGCUGAACAAGACCAAGCAGAGGAAGGGGAAGAAGGAAUGGAAGAAGAGGAGUCCUUGGUUCCUGAAGAUGACCUGUUUCUCAUUGACCAGACGGCACGUGACUUCAUAGAGAUGACGGCUGCUGAAUAUGAAGGAUAUCGCAGCCGGAUCCAGAAAGAGAGAGACAUUUUAUUUAUCCCAAGCUUUCGACCAGUGCCUACCAGCCUAAAGGUCCCCGAUAACAUGCAACCAAGAUAUCUGGAAGAUGAGGGUUUAUACAUUGGUGAGAAACCAAAAGUGUCCCGAACCAACCAAAAUCUUUUGGAGAAUCGGAUGUUACAGCAAGAUGAGGGAAAGAAAUGGUUUGGUGAUGAUGGGAACAUUUUAGCUUUGGCUAACCCUAUCAAGGCCUCCCCUACAAGACCUCCAAUAUUCUGUGCCGUCCAAGAAAUCCCAUCAGUACAUGGUGGAGUCCGGAGCCCUUCAAGGAGAGUUUCAGCUGGAUAUUGAUAUUUCGGGGGUCGUGUUUACCCAUCACCCACUUUUUAGCAGAGAACAUGUCCUGGCGUCUAAGUUAUCCCAGCUGUAUGAUCAGUAUCUGGGAAGGAAGCAGAAGAACCUUACCAAUUUUCUGUCGGACAAGUUACAUGCACUGAGAAAUGCAGUAGAGAACAUCUCCACUGGGGGUGCGGCACAUGUUUCCAGCACAGUCGCUGAACAGAGUUUUGCUGAAUAUAAAGUAGAAAUCAAACAAACAAGGAAAUAUCGAGAUACAGAGCAGGAAAAAGACAGAGUUCUCCUGAAGUCCCUCAUCAAAGUGUGGAAAGAGAUAAAGUCCCUGCGCGAUUUUCAGAAGUUCACCAACACCCCAGUGAAACUCUACUUGCGAAAGGAAGAAGUUAAUAGAAAAGUGGAUGAAGAAUCGUAUGAAGCUGAAAUUCAAACCGAAAUAAAUGAGCAAAUGAGAGAAAAUACGGAGGAGUACGAGAAGAAUUUGAAGCAGUAUAAACAAGAUCUUCAGCAAUGGAAGGCGUGGAAAAGGGCACAGAAAAUGAAGAACAAAAAGAAAAAAGAGCGUGUGGAUGAUGACGAUGAUGAUGAGGCAGAUGGUGGACAAGUAGGAGAAGAACCCACCAAGCCUUUUCCUCCUGUCCUGGUGGACAGACAAGAGAUAGAAGUACAGGUUCGUGAUAAAGCGGCCAACAUCAGGAGGAGACCUGGAGAACCUAUUCUGCAUCCUGAACUGAGCCUUUCUGGGGCCAUCACCCCCAACAACAUGUGUCCAAGGGCAGAAGUAUUAAGACGCGAGGAUCUCCAGAAACACUCAUUGUUCAUCAAGAUCCUCUUCAACAACAAAGAGGUGUCCAGGACUGUGACAAACAGGCUGGGGUCAGAUUUCAGAGUCCAUCUGGGACAGAUCUUCAAUUUACAGAUUUAUAAUUGGCCAGAAAGCAUCAAACUACAGAUAUAUGAAACAGCAGGACAUGGUGGUAGCACCUUACUGACCGAGGUUUUUGUGCCUAUUCCGGAGACCACUGUAGUAGCUGGAAGAGCCCCAGUAGAGGAGGUUGAAUUCAGCAGUAACCAGAGGGUCAUGUAUGAUCAUGAAGGAGUUGGAAGCGAUGUUCCCUUUUCCUUUGAGGCUGAUGGAAGUAACAAGAUAGCUUUGAUGACUUCUGGAAAAGUUGCAUACUGUGUAUCCUGGGCAGUAGGGGAGAAUGGGGUGCCACUGGUACCCCCUAUUUCACAACAAAAUGUUCAGAGGGCUCUAAACCACAUGGAUGCUGUCGCCUCUAUUGGGGCUUCUGGACUGACUGACAUGAAGAAAUUAGCCAAGUGGGCAAGAGAAUCCAAGCUCGAUCCCAAUGAUCCUAACAAUGCAGCUCUUAUGCAGCUCAUAAUGAUUGCUAACAGUGGGGACACAUAUGUUCCGGAGUUCUUCAGACUUGAGCAGCUGCAGAAGGAGUUUGACUUUGUCUCAGAUGAAGAGCUCAGCCGGUCAAAACGUUUCCAUCUUCUACAACUCCGAAACCAGGAAGUGGCCGAAUUCCGCAACUACAAGCUGGUGCCCAUUAAGGAGCGAGAAAUUCCAGACAAGAUUUUUGCGGAAUAUGAGAAGAAAUUACGGGACCAAGAUGUAAGCACUGCAGAAACACAUCUAGAUACACAUAGGAUUAUGGUUGCCAAAUAUCUCCACAAGGUUAGGGAAUCUGUGAUAAAUCGCUUCCUGAUAGCAAAACAUCAUUUUAUUCUUUCUGACUUGGUUGUUGAAGAGGAUAUCCCUAGUCUUGGGAUCCUGGGGAUGGAUCUCUUCAAGUUAGCUGAGCCGAAGCGUCCGCUGAAGCCAAGGAGAAAAGAGCGGAAGAAAGUCACUGCUCAGAACCUGUCUGAUGGGGACAUUAAGGUCCUGGUGAAUGUCAUUCGUGCUUAUGACAUACCGGUUAGGAAACCAACGUCCAGCAAACCAGCGCCGCCAUCCAGAUCAACAAGAUCGUUCAAUGAGAUGUUUACGGCAUCCGCCUCACCUCAGGGGCAGGCCCAGUCACCAGAGUGGUCGGUGAACCAGGUAUUGGUCCGGCCAUUUGUAGAAGUUUCAUUCCAGCGCACCGUAUGCCAGACAUCAACAGCUGAUGGGCCCAACCCCAACUGGAACGAGGAACUGGAACUCCCAUUCAGGGCUCCCAAUGGUGACUACAGCACAGCCAGUUUACAGUCUGUGAAGGACGAUGUCUUUAUUAAUGUCUUCGAUGAAGUUUGUUUUGAUAUUUUAGAGGACGAUCGCGAGAGAGGAAGCGGAAUCCAUACAAGAGUGGAGAGACACUGGCUCGGAUCCAUCCGAAUUCCAUUUACCACAAUCUAUUUCCAGGCCCGGAUAGAUGGAACUUUCCGACUUGAUGCGCCUCCUGUGCUUCUGGGAUACAGCAAGCAGCGCAGCCUGGGAAAUGAUGGUGGUUAUGAGUCAGUACGAAGCCUCAGUCAGGGGUCUUUUCUGACACUUUUUAUCACCAUUGAACCUCAGCUUGUGCCAGGAGAUCCCAUUAGAGAGAAGUUUGACAGUCGAGAAGAUGAGAAGUUACUUCAGGCUGCAGAGAAGUUCCAAAGUGAAGCUGCCUUAAAAUUCCCAAGAAGGCAAUGCCUGACCACGGUUACUGAUAUCAAUGGGACCACGGUGUUUGUGACGCGUUACGUGAACGCCCUGAAGCCUCCACAGGAACUGCUCGAUGCUGACCCAAAUAAUGUGCAGGUUACAAGUGAGCUGGUGGCCCGAUACGUGUCUUUAAUUCCCUUCCUGCCAGAUAAUGUAUCCUUCGCCGGGAUCUGUAAUUUAUGGAGUACAUCAGAUCAAUUCCUUGACCUUCUGGCUGGAGAUGAAGAAGAACAUGCCGUGCUUCUCUGCAAUUACUUCCUGGCCAUGGGAAAGAAGGCCUGGCUUGUUAUAGGAAACGCCAUCCCUGAGGGCCCCACUACUUAUGUGCUGACACUAGAGCAGAACCAGUACGUCAUAUGGAAUCCAAGCAGCGGUCGCUUUUAUGGCCAAUAUGAUACGUUUUGUCCUUUACAAAGUGUUGGCUGCUUGAUAAAUGCGGAUAAUAUAUGGUUCAAUAUUCAGCAAUAUGACUCUCCUAUGAGUAUAAGUUUUGACACAAGUCGCCCGAAGCUUUGGAAGCCGUUCUUCUCGAGAAGUUACCCGAAUCCUGGACUGCCCAGCGUGCAGCCGGAGGAAUUGAUUUAUCAGCGAGCGGAUAAGACUGCGGCCAUGGAACUGCAAGACAGGAUUGAAAAGCUGCUGAAAGAGAAGAUCAUGGAGUGGAGACCGAGACAUCCCACCCGCUGGAACAGAUACUGCACAUCUACUCUGCGGCAAUUCCUUCCUUUACUGGAACAGAACCAAGGCAAAGAUGUGGAGGAAGAUCACCGGGCGGAACUGCAGAGACAGCUGGGAGAUUAUAGGUUUUCGGGAUUCCCAAUAAACAUGGCCUUCUCUGAUGUGAGGCCGCUCAUAGAGGCUGUCUACAGCACUGGCGUUCACAACAAUGAAGUCCCCAGUGUGGAGUUUGCUCUGGCUGUGUACGUUCACCCCUACCCAAAGAGCAUCUACUCAGUAUGGAUAUAUGUUGCGUCUCUUAUUCGGAACAAAUGAGCAAAAGAUGGGAUGUUCUAGUCUAGCAGAUGCCAUGAUGAGCCCUGACAAUCACUAGAUCCUGCUGCUUCUUGGCCAUCCUGGCGUUUGGCAGAGAUACUAGAUCCUACAUCAGGAGAGACAUGUGAUACACCACUAGGGACAUGCUCAUGUAAUCCUUACUUGAAAUCUGUUGUGUUUACUUGAAUAAGACAUCGCCGCAGUAUAAAUAUUACAGAGACAUAGGUACAAGUGCUGGUAAACAUUGAAGAGGGCACGGCCCCUUCAAACUGGUGAUCACAGAGAAUACCGUUCCCUCACCUCAGGAUAAGCCAUCAAAUAAAAGUGUACCUGUCUCUUUAAAAAAAACUUUUUAUAGGUCUUAGGACCCCCACGAUCUCAGCUGCGGCACCCCAGACAUCCAGUGCACGGAGCAAACUUCUGUGCCAGAUGACUGGUGAUGCGGGGCAGAGGCUCGUGAUGUCACAGCCAUGCCCCCUCCCAUAGACUUGCGCAGCGGUGAUGUCACAAGUCUCCAUUGCAGCACCCGAUGCUCUAAACUAAGACAAUCCCUAAGAUUUGCAUUGUACGUUUGUCUCGUUAAGCUCGCUCUUCUCCCAGCUAGUUCUGAUGAAAACCCUGAGCGAUCAAAACUUUUAAUAUGUCUCUACAAUAUGUCAUUUUUUUUUUUUUUUAUGGACAGUGCACAUUUGAGUGGUUGUAUGAUAUUACAAAAACAUGGCUGCUUUCUUCCCCAAAGCGCCACAUCUCUCCACAGGAAGUGCUCGGUAUUGCAUCUUAGAAUAUUACACUUGAAUGCAGCUGUGAAUGCACAGCCUAUGGACAAGAUUCAAGAUUUUUUUUUUUUUUAAACAAUCCAUGUCCCCCCUCUCUAAUAUGCCCUUUUAUUAGUACAACAAUAUGUGGUGGUAUUGGUGGGGCAGAAAGCUUGUACUAUGACCAUAGCAUAACAAAAAUGCAUCUGUAUUGCAGUUUGAAAGAAGAUGUUUCUAGAAUUUUUUUCUAUAGGAAAUUGCACAAAAUUUAGUCUCCAAACUGUGGACAAGCGUUGGCUGUCCAGGCAUGCUAGGAGUUGUAGUUUUGCAAUAUUCUGUAUCUAUGAAACUAUACACCAAAUGCAGUGUGAACUUUAUCAAUGCUUAUAAAACAUUUUGGCCGAGAUGCAUUAUUCAGACUAUUUGUACAUAUACAAUUGAUUACUAAGAGAUCACUACAACCCUAUAUUCUCAUCCAUUAUUGUAAAGUAAAACAUAACUUUUAUUAAGAAACAAAAACAGCGCAGGCAUUGCUACUCUCCCUGAUAGCACCGUCUAUCUGCAGAAGAGCGGCUGGUGGCGGUGAACAGUUCAGAUGGGGCUCAUUUGCAGAAAUGAAAGCUUCAACAUAAAAUCC